AUUGUUAGUGAUGUUUGGUGUCAAUACUUUAUAAAUAAAUUAUUCCAAUAUAAAAUCAGUUGAUGAAGGUGCUGAAGAAGGUGAAUCAAGUGAUGAUGAAGCCACCGAAGAAGAUCAAGAAAGCGAUGAAUCGAGCGAUGAGAGUUCAUAUGAGGAUGAAAUGCCAAAGCAAGCUCGACGAAGGACAAGAAAUGGCAAGAGAAAAGUGAGUAUGGAUUUUGACACUACCCAACCAAAAUUCUCAGGUAGUAAGAAAGUAGCCAUGGUGAAGAAGGCUAGAAAAUACCCAACUGUUAAUGAGAAUCCCUUUUUUGUAGUUAUAAUGACACAAUCUUACACCAAUGGCUAUUUCUUGUGGGUACCAAGUAAGUUUUCAAGAGAACACUUGAACAAUUUUAAAGGAACUGCAACAAUAAGGGUUGGUAAUGAAAGGAGUGUGGAAGUGAGUUUGAGGUAUUAUGAUACCAAAGAUAAGUCUUGUGUGGGUGGUGGUUGGAAAAUAUUUAGGGAAAAAUAUAAUUUGCAAGUUGACGAUGUUUGUAAAUUUGAGAUGAUUCAACGGAGACCUUUUUCAUUCACCGUUACUAUUACUCGUGCCAGAAAUGGACCAAGUGAAGGGGUCCCUUGUGGUAACAAUGUUGUAAAGCAGAAAGACAUUGAAGGAACGUCUUCUGGGAGCCGUCCAAAAGAGAAUUUUCUUGAUGAAGGUCGUGAUGUGAUGAAGCAUAACACAUUGAAGGUUUUGGUGAAGAACAAAGCUCCGAGUGUACCAAAGGAGUUUAUGAAAAAAGGAAGUAAUGAAAAUAUUGUGGAGUUGAAAAUGGGAAGAAAGUCAUGGUUCGUAAAAGUCAAUUAUUAUGAGAGUGUUCAUGGCUGGAGGUUCAAUAAAGGAUGGAGAAAAUUUAUGGAAGAAUGCAAAGUGGAGAUUGGAGAUACUUGUCUCUUUAAUCUAAUCGAUGAGAGAAAAUUUGUGUUUGAUGUUUCAAUUAUAGGAAGAACCCAUUAGUUGUUUGUUGUGUUGUUCUUUAAGAUACUAACUAGAUGUUAAGUUGAACACAUAUUUGCUCUACAAUUUUAAGCAUUGUAUUUUGGUACUAUAAACAUCUGUGUUUGAUUUGAA